CGGGUAUCAGCGUGACGGUGACACGGGACACACACUGAAUGACAUGACAGACCAUCACGUGAGUGAUAACGACACCGGCAGGAAAACAUUGAGUGAAAUCAGAAAAACCGUCCCUUCCCUCUGACGAUAAAAAGACAUAAUGGCGGUUAACUAUGACAAGGACCUGCUCGUCCAGGGUAACGAGCCUCACGGGUUGACGAUAUGGACUGCCGCCGUCUUCAUCGUUGGGGAAAUUGCGGGGUCGGGGGUGCUGGCGUUACCGAGCGCCGUGGAGGGUGCAGGUUGGAUUGGCCUCGUGUUGAUCCUGCUGUGCUGUAUCAUCUCGGCCUACACGGGGGACGUGCUUGGGAGGGCGUGGUGCCUGGUCAGGGAGAGGUACGAGGAGUACCAGGGUCAGGUCAGGUACCCGUACCCAGCUAUCGGCGAAGUGACAUAUGGGAAACCAGGCAGGUACCUUGUGUCGUUCUCCAUCAACUUCACACUGUUCGGGGUGUCAGUGGUCUUCCUUCUCCUCGCCUCCGAGAACAUCCAGAGUCUGCUGGCUGACGUGCAUGCCAACGUGUCCUUCUGCUAUUGGCUCAUCAUUGUGGCGGGAGUUCUUACCCCGCUGUCGUGGCUCGGUACGCCCAAGGAUUUCUGGCCUGUAGCUAUAGGAGCCACGGUGGCCACCAGCAUAGCCUGUGUUGUGCUGUUUUCCAACAUCCUGGUUGACAAUCAUCACAACCACCAUCCCGUGGUCCACACUCCACCUGGGUUCCUCACCUUCUUCACAGCCUUCGGCACCAUCUGCUUCGCGUUCGGGGGGCACCCAGCGUUCCCCACCUUCCAGGCAGACAUGAAAGACGAGUCCAAGUUUGGGAGAGCUGUGUUUUUCGCCUACAUGAUUGUGUUGGCGAUGUACCUGCCGGUGUCGACAGUCGGCUACUUCGUGUACGGCAAGAAACUUGAUCCCAACGUGCUUAAGACGGUGAGCAGCGGCCCCAUGCUGUAUGUGGUCGAGAUUGUCAUCACCAUCCAUCUACUCUGUGCCUUCAUCAUCGUUCUCAACCCUUUCGCCCAGGAGCUUGAGGAGAUCUUCAAGAUACCAAAAGCAUUCGGCAUAAAGCGCUGUCUGCUGCGUACGGGUAUUGUGGCGGUGGUGCUAUUCGUGGCGGAGAGUAUUCCUCACUUCGGCGCAAUCCUUGCCUUGGUGGGUGGAUCAACCACGACCCUGCUGGCCUACGUGUUGCCCUCUCUCUUCUACCUCAAGCUGUGCCGCAUGGAGGGGAACUGGGAAAGCGUACACAUCCCAUUGCACAUCAAACUUCUCAACUAUGAAAUUGUGUUUGUGGGAGUCGUUGCCGGUGCUGCAUCCACGUACUCCGCCAUCGCCGGCCUCGCUCAGCCGGGAGCCUUCACCGUGCCUUGCUAUGUGAACAUCACGGCAGCCAUGGGUUAACCUGGGCGUGUGGGGACGCUACAUGACAUUGGGGGGCCCAUUGUGUAAUACCUGGGGCCGCGAGCACAUUGCGAGUGUAGACCUACAGUUAGUGUGUGUGUUAAUGUAUGGGAGUUACCAUAGUCUACAAUCGCUUUGUGCAUGUAGGCCCUGACUGGUCAUUGAAACUGUGAUACUGUGAUACUGGACGAUGGUCAACACAUGGAGUGGUGGUCAACUGUUGACGAAUGGUUGAUGACGUACAUGUAUAUCAACAGUUUACAAAUGGUUGAUGACGUAUAUCAACAGUUUACAAAUGGUUGAUGACGUAUAUCAACAGUUUACAAAUGGUUGAUGACGUAUAUCAACAGUUUACAAAUGGUUGAUGACGUAUAUCAACAGUUUACAAAUGGUUGAUGACGUAUAUCAACAGUUUACAAAUGGUUGAUGACGUAUAUCAACAGUUUACAAACGGUUGAUGCUCUAUACUGAACAACAAAAGUUCCUAUGACAUUAAAUAAGAUAUAAUGCAAAGUUAUGGUUUUUUUUACCAAAUCUGAAACAAUUUCGGUUUGCAACAGAUAACAG